GUGAGGUUACGAAGAUGGUGGAAGUUUCUUCUUCCUUGAAGUGAAACCCCGUCUGAAACCUAAACAUCCUGCUGACCGAGGGCUGGGAGUUCACUGCAGCGUUACCAGCUUGGUUUUACAGCCUCCCUUGGGAUCUGGGCCUUCAUCCCAGCCCUAUGUCAUGGCCAGUGGAGUCACCAAGUCGGGCACUUCCAAUGGUUACCCUAUGAAGGCACAGCUGCAAAUCAUUGUGCUAUCAGCCAAACUGAAAGAGAACAAGAAAAACUGGUUUGGUCCCAGUCCUUAUGUUGAAGUGACAGUCGAAGGCCAGUCCAAGAAAACAGAGAAAUGCAACAACACCCACAGCCCCAAAUGGAAGCAGCCGCUCACUGUGAUUGUGACUCCAUUCAGCAAACUAUCGUUUCGCGUGUGGAGCCACCAGACCCUGAAGUCAGACGUGUUGCUAGGCAUGGCCACGCUGGACAUCAGUGACACGCUCAAAUCUAACGACAUGAAAAUCUCAGAGGUGGUGCAGACCUUACAGCUGUGUGCAGACAGAGACCAGUCAGAUGUGGUGGGAGACCUGUCUGUCUGCCUGGAUGGCAUGACUGUUGACCCCGAGAUGUUCGCCAUGGCCAAGGCUGACCAUCAGACAUCUUCAAGCAAUGGCUCUGCACCAGCUGAUGGCAGUGAUGGUCAGUCGGGUUCUGACACACCAGUACGAACACCGGCCUCAGGACCCUCAUCAACCCCAGACUCAAGUCCAUCGGGAGGCUCAGACAGGAACUCCACACCGGCCUCGAGCUCUGGAGCUGCAACAACCAGACAGCCAACCAUCAAUCCUGUGCUCACUCCCAGGGUCCCCGCUGUCAAUGCUGGCCCAUUGCCCCUUGGGUGGGAACAGAGGGUGGAUCAGAAUGGCAGGGUGUAUUUUGUCGAUCACGUGGAGAAGAGAACAACGUGGGAACGACCUGAACCAUUGCCCCCUGGCUGGGAGCGUCGCGUCGACCAGAUGGGACGUGUCUACUUUGUUGACCACAUCACACGAACCACCACGUGGCAGCGCCCAACAAUGGAGACGGUGCGUAACUACGAGCAAUGGCAGCACCAGCGCAGCCAGCUGCAGGGCGCCAUGCAGCAGUUCAACCAGAGGUUCAUAUUUGGGCUACAAGACCAGGUCUCAGCCACUCAAAAUAAGGAGUUCGAUCCUCUGGGGUCUCUGCCACACGGAUGGGAGAAAAGAACAGACACCAAUGGCAGAGUUUAUUUUGUACAUCACCCUACCCGGUCAACACAGUGGGAGGACCCACGAACACAGGGGUUGCUCAAUGAGAAGCCACUUCCAGAAGGCUGGGAGAUGAGGUUCACAGUAGAUGGUAUUCCGUACUUCGUAGACCACAACAGGAGAACCACCACCUACAUCGACCCUCGCACUGGAAAGUCCUCACUUGAAAACGGACCUCAGAUCACCUAUGUUCGAGACUUCAAAGCCAAAGUACAGUACUUCAGAUUCUGGUGCCAGCAACUGUCAAUGCCUCAACACAUCAAGAUCUCCGUAUCCAGAAAAACCCUGUUUGAGGACUCCUUCCAGCAGAUAAUGAGCUUCAAUGCUCAGGAUUUGCGAAGGAGGCUAUGGAUCAUCUUCCCUGGAGAAGAGGGCCUUGAUUACGGAGGCGUCGCCAGGGAGUGGUUCUUCCUGUUGUCCCAUGAGGUCUUGAACCCCAUGUACUGCCUGUUUGAAUAUGCCGGUAAAGAUAACUACUGUCUCCAGAUCAACCCCGCCUCCUACAUCAAUCCUGACCACCUCAAGUAUUUCAGGUUCAUAGGACGCUUCAUUGCCAUGGCUCUUUUCCAUGGAAAGUUCAUAGACACUGGUUUCUCGCUGCCAUUUUACAAGCACAUCCUAAACAAGCCGUUAGCCCUCAAGGACCUGGAGUCAAUAGACCCUGAGUUUUACAACUCCCUCAUGUGGAUUAAGGAUAACAACAUCGAGGAGUGCGGCCUGGAGAUGUUCUUCUCUGUUGACAAAGAGAUCCUGGGGGAAAUCAGCACCCAUGAGCUGAAACCAGGGGGAGGAGACAUCCAAGUCACUGAGGAGAACAAGGAAGAGUACAUUAGGCUGGUAGCAGAGUGGAGGCUGUCCAGGGGAGUGGAAGAGCAGACGCAGGCUUUCUUUGACGGCUUCAACGAGGUCCUCCCUCAGCAGUACCUGCAGUACUUUGAUGCCAAAGAGCUGGAGGUAAUGCUGUGUGGUAUGCAGGAGAUUGACCUUUCAGACUGGCAAAGAAACACCAUCUACAGACACUAUGCUCGCAGCAGCAAACAGAUCGUCUGGUUCUGGCAGUUCAUAAAGGAGAUGGACAAUGAGAAGAGGAUGAGGCUGCUACAGUUUGUCACCGGUACCUGCCGCCUGCCUGUAGGAGGCUUCGCUGACCUCAUGGGAAGCAAUGGUCCUCAAAAGUUCUGUAUUGAGAAGGUGGGAAAAGAAAACUGGCUUCCCAGAAGUCACACGUGUUUUAACAGACUGGACUUGCCGCCCUACAAGAGCUACGAGCAACUAAAGGAGAAGCUGAUGUUUGCCAUCGAGGAGACAGAAGGCUUUGGACAGGAGUGAAAGAAACCCGGAGAAGUUUAAUAGUGGGUGCAGGAGUCUGAAGGAAUAAAGACCACCAGUGUUCAAAUCAGGGAGCCUCUUCAGAGUAGGGGGGUGUUUUGUGUGUUUGUGCUUAAGCAUUCGAGCACCUGUAUGGUACUUCUAUGGGUGCAUGUGUGAGACUGCAUGUUGUUGCAAAGGAGCAGGGAUUUGGGACCCGGCGUCUACCGGCGCACACCGUGCUCGCAGCAGGCCUCUCAAUGCCUGAUUUGCUGUGUGAAAUUUUGUAUUCUUUUCAACCAAAACACAGAAGCUGAACUUGUCUCUCAGAAUGUUCACCAAAUUAUGCAUGGGAUCCCGAAAAACUCACCCUCAAUGGCAUCCGUUUAAUGGGACUGCAGUAGUUUAUCUUCCCCACGUGUGAUCAUGUAAUGGCAUGCAUCAGGGUGGUCUCGGGGCUACAGUCAAAAUCUCAUAACCAGAAAGUUGAACUGUCUUAACUAAAGACCUCAACCGGAUUUCUUCUUUUCAAGUUGCUCUGCACUAAAGCAUCAGCUAAAUGACAAAGCGUUAAAUUUUAAGGCAAGAUUGUGGGGGUGCGCUUAAUUUUAAAAAUGGAUUAUGUUUCACCAAAAAGCAAACUUUGUUGUUGUAAUUUUUUUUGUGUUAGGAAGAGUUUGGCCCACUUUGAGCAUCAUCCCCGUCAUUGUCAUUUCCCAUCGUCCCCUUAAAUCUUUCUUUCUGCAUCUCUCGUGACUAAAUUAGACCUUUUUGACUAGUAAUGUGAUUUAAUAAGAUAAUAGCUUUGACUUUGUGAAUUUAUAAAAAGGAGUGCUCCCGAUUAACAGUUAAAUUACAGACAGUGCUUCAAAGAUUUGGUAGACAUGUCUAAUCAAAGUGUCAAGAGGGAAACAGCUUUGUGUUCCGGGUUCUAUAGUAUUUGAUCUGUGAAUGACUUAAUGAUUGUGAAAAGUGUUGUAACCUCCAUUAUUUAAAGUGGUGGAAAAUGUGGAAGACUAAAGCAGAGCUUGCUAAACUGACCCUAGUUUUAUAGGGCCAGUACUGUAGUGUACUGGAUGGGACGUCUUAGAUUAGACUAUUCUGGGAGAAUCUUAUAGAUUAAUCAUUUUAAUAUCAGCUUCAGACACGUUACACCUUCCCUCUGUUAAUUUGUGGGGCGGUCUUGUUGAAAGCGAGAUCCUGACGGAAUCUGAGGAGGAGGAGGAGGAGGAACGUAUUUUAAGAUAGUGUGUGUAUUCAGUACUCAAGAUGUACUUGACUUGAUGUGUCAGAACAUUGAAACCUCAAAAACACAAGUGAAAAAACAACAAAUUCAAUUUGGAAAAUUCUGAAAGAGAACUUGGUGUAGAUCUUCAUACGUAUGUAGCAUAUGAAAGUUAGUGAUAGAGCUGUUACCCUAUUUAAAUCUUUUCCUGCCCCAUAGCAAACCACAAAAUGAAUAGGAAAAAUGAUUUGUUUUAUGAAUUCAAACAGCCCAAUCGAAAAGCUGCAGUGGGGUAUUUAAGUCUUUUUUUCUUCCGUUUUAGACUUGAAGGAACAUUUUACCUCUGUGUAUUUUCGCUUCGUAACAGUCAGAAUUCCUCUUGUUAUUUGCAAGAUACUGGUUCAAAAUUCAUUUCUGACACGUGAAAUAGUUCAUGUGGUUUAUGCUUUCAUUUUUGAAGAUGUGUUAAAGAUAUGAUUUUAGUCAAAGAUUAUGUUGAUAAUGUUGAUUAUGGAUCCCAAGAAUAGCCGAUUUUGGCAGAUUUCUGUUCACUGAUUACAGAUGUGUGAGUGCACGAAGAAGACCUCCGAAUGCUAUAUUGCGGAAUCCAACCCUGAGUGUGUACAUAAACAGUCUUUGUAACUGCAAAUAUACGUUUGGUUCGGUUUGGUCCGGCUGAAGUUGCACAGCACCUGAACAGCAGUAACAGAUGAUUCAUCUCAUUUAUCUAUAUGAAAUAAAACACCAGGUAGUGUGGUUGCCCAUUUUGGAGUGUCCCUUUGAAUUAUUUAUUAAACACACCAAAAGCGGAGGCUUGGCUACUGAGGAACAUUGGAUUCAGGUGUUGUUGGUCUGACAAAGCACAGCACUUUUUAAAAAUUUCCCUCCCCUUUUUCUCGCAGCAUGCGGGGCCUCCGGUCUCGCUUAGUAACUCUAGGCUCUUUUUUUUUCCACGUGUGGUGAGGUGGCCCCUGGUGUUUUGUCAAGGGCCUUCAGGUAGCCUUAUUUCCACCCUCGGGCAUCAGGUAUCCUUUUUAGCAACUCGAUGCCGGCAGAGAUGAUCGACCUUUGAUGAUCGGCUGUAUGGUCAAAUUAAUUCUCUGGACUCUGGCUCUGGUUAGUACUUCUUGACCCUGCUGUGGAGAAGUAGACCGACCAAGCAAAGUUUGAAGUUUUGAAGUUCUUAUGAAGAAACUGCACCAAGCUAUGAGACUUGAGCUGAUGACACAUGGCCAGUUUCGUGGCUAAGUGUGUCGUCAGCUGGAAUAAAAAAAAUACUGAGACAAAGUCAGUGUAAUAUAACGAAUGUAACAUGAUGAAUAGUUGAUUGGAAAAGUUGCCUACUUACAUUUUUGCCUCAGAUUGUUACCACUAAUGCGGAGUGUCCUUUUAAUCUUGUUCAGAGUCAAUCACACAAUAAAAUCCCGGGUACAUAGUAGUUAAUAUAAUAUGUUAUGUAAAUAUAACAAUUCACCACUCUUUUUGUUUGAUCGUUCUCCAGAAUCCUCCAUGAACAACUAAACCACUGUCACUCUCCUGUAUAUGAAAACAAGUUGUAAAUGGUGUCAAUAACAAAUUUUCUUUUGUAAAAGAAUGGUUUUAAUAAGAGGUUUAUGGUAACACUAUAUUUUCUUUUCCCUGUUUAAUUUCUGAUGUACAUGAAAGAUGUGUAAUAUAGAAAUUGUCACCUUAAUAAAUGAAAUCA